AUGCCAACUACACAAGACAGGCAAUGCGAAGACUGGUUUGUCAGAACCACAAGGCGAGACGCCACCGGUCGAUUUUAUGUUGGUUUACCAUUUCGUACGAUAAUAUGUUCCCCAGAUACAACCGACAUCGGAGGUCAAGAUGAAAGGUCAGUCAUUUUAGGGUCAUCUAGAACUUCAGCUCUUAAUCGUCUGUAUAAUUUAGAACGUCGCCUGGGGAAGGAUACAGAGUUGUAUACAGCCUACCGGGCCUUCAUGGACGAUUAUAGAUCGUUAGGACAUAUGAAGGUAGCGACUGAGCCAGGCAAAUAUUUCAUACCACACCACCCAGUGGUUAAACGUUGUAAUACAGAACUGAAGAUUCGUGUGGUGUUCGACGCCUCAGCUACAUCUUCAUCCGGAGUCUCAUUAAAUGACUGUUUGGUGACUGGACCAAAGCUCCAGACGGAAAUCGGUGAUGUUUUGUUGCGCAGUCGACUACACAAAUUUGUUUUUACUGCCGAUAUAACUAAAAUGUACCGUCAAAUACGUCUACAUGAACAAGAUAGAGUUUAUCAACAUAUACUAUGGCGCAAUUCGCCUAGUGACAAAGUGCAGGAAUAUGAGUUGUGUACGGUCACAUAUGGCGUAAGCUCGGCUCCGUUCUUAGCGAUCCGAUGCCUACAACAGCUCAAUAUGGAUGAUGGACCUGAUUUUCCACUCGUUAAAGAUGUUCUAUUGACUGACACCUAUGUUGAUGACAUUUUUGUUGGCGCCGACACGUUAGAGACAAUUUUAGAAUCAAAAAUUCAAGUCAUCAGCUUACUAAAUCGCGGUGGAUUUAGCUUGAAAAAAUGGGCUAGUAAUUGCCCUGAAAUUUUGAACACCAUCAGUAUUGAAGAUCAGAAUAUGACACCGUGGGUAGAGCCAACCAAGGAACAGGCAGUCAAAGUUUUAGGAGUCCAUUGGGACCCGGUUGCAGACACGUUCGGGUAUCAUUCCGCGAUAAAUCCAGGUGUUCCUACUAAACGUUCAGUGUUAUCAACGGUUGCUCGAUUUUAUGAUCCAAUCGGUGCCUUGGGUCCUAUGGUAUUCUGGGCCAAGUGUUUAAUGCAGAGGCUAUGGAUGGAACAAUUAGAGUGGGAUGCACCACUUUCAUCAGCUCUGACAUCGUUAUGGCAAGGUUUCAUCGAUAAGCUGCCGGACUUAGCAUGCUUGUCGUUACCACGACACAUUGCUGUAGUCAACAGUCAAGAUAUACAAUUACUAGGAUUCGCUGACGCGUCUCAGGUUGGAUACGCAGCAACAGUAUAUUUGCGUGUGGUAGACCAGAGUGAUAAUGCCCGAUUGUAUUUCCUGGCAUGCAAAACGAAGGUCGCACCACUGAAGUCAACAUCAACGGACAUGUCAUUAACCAUACCACGGCUGGAGCUCUGUGCCGCACUCUUGUUGUCACGUCUCUUGUCUCUACGUUUGGAAGUUCUACAGGGCAGAAUCAAGAUCACACGUGUCCGGGCAUGGACCGAUUCAACUAUUGUCUUAUCGUGGCUCACAGCUGAACAAAGGCUAUUUAAAAUCUUUGUCACAAAUCGAGUAUCGAAAAUACGCAACCUCGUACCUCAGUGCGAAUGGGCUCACGUAGGUACCGCAGAUAAUCCAGCCGAUCCUGCAUCACGAGGACUUCUGCCAGAUGCCUUGGUAGCAUGUUCGUCAUUCCUACAUGGACCGGAGUUUCUUCAGUAUCCGGAAGAGCAAUGGCCGGUUGCCAUCACACCGACUGUAGAUCCUGCAGAGCUCCCUGAUUUUAAACGCCCAGCAAAAAAUGUGCUAUUAACCCAACAGGUUGAUGAUAGUUUUCUUCAGCGGUUUUCUGUGUUGCGCAAAAUGCAACGGGUGCUAGCAUAUUGUCUUAGAUUUGUUAACAAGGCUCGACAACGCCCAGUUGUGAGUGGACCAAUCAUUUGGAAGGAGUACGAAAAUGUUUUGAUAAAGGUAGCGAGGUACACUCAAAAGUUAUAUUACGCAGAGUUGCACCACCAACUAGGAACUUCAAAUUCCGUCGUCACCCCGAUCUCCCUCGCACAACUUGCACCUUUUGUCGAUGCUCAUGGUGUGAUUAGAGUAGGUGGCCGUUUACAACAUUCGGACUUGAACAUAGACGCCAAACACCCUAUCUUGUUACCAAAGUCGUCUCACCUUACUUACAUCAUUAUUCAACACUACCAUCAAAACACUUUACAUGGUGGAUCGCGUCUAGUAGCAUCACUAAUUCAGCGACGUUUUUGGAUCGUCUCCAGUUGA